CUAUGAAUGGAAACAGUUGCAACAAAAGCACAUGGCGUUGUUUUCGAUUUCGCUCGYGGAAACAGAUAUUGGAAGUCUUCGUAGCUGUCGCAUUAUUUCUUACAGCUCCUCUCAGCAGCACCACUCCGGCUACUGUUUUUCUCGCCUCAUGAUACUCGUUGUCAACAAGACCGGGCACUAUUGUACAAUAUGGUAUGAACUCGAAGUCACCUCAAAACUUGAACUUGCGCUGCAGUGCGAAAGAUUUGCAUCAACACGAAAAGACGAUGAACACUGACAUGACUGGCCAAGACGCGCAUUGCACGAGUGAGUCACGUUUUAUCAAUGGCGCGCACGAGUGCAAMUUCGAAGACAACGGGUAUAUACGGGUUCCCMAAAUGCUGUUAGGUGCUCCGUGCGCCGUCUUGUACGGUACGGAACGUACUGUAGCCACGGUAUAUUUUGAAUGCGUUCCUCUUCAGCGAAAACGUCACUUUAUUUUUUUUUGCGAUACAAUUGGAGGAACAGUGACGUGAUGAGACUGAUGUUUUCUCUCAUUCCAUCCAUCAUGUGGACGCUGGGAGGAAACUUUUGACUGGUUCUCGCAACAAUUGAGUAUUAUUCGAAGGUCCUGCAACGAUUACUACCAAGUACAAGUAUGUACCAAGAGAUCACUACAACGAGACGAGAAACGACGACUCACUGAAUCUUCAUUUCGUAGCACUGGGAAGACUGGGAGCAACCAGCAAAAUAUUGUGGAACAACUACACCAAGCAGUCGAUCUUAUCUGGAACCACAACGUAGACGGCGAAAAGAGACGAUUGACCGAACCAUCGAAGGGAAGGGACAUAUUCUUUAGAUGCAUAACAGAAUACAUCGGAUACACAUAUUUCGAAAGGUUCUUUCGAUCAACUUUUAUCUGAAUACUAUACCUGGUUCUCCUCUUCUCGAGUAGCUACCAAGGCAAUGGGAGUAGAAUUGAAAAAUGUCUGCAGAAUAGGUUGCAUCGUACUCCUCUUUUCUUCAUCUUUAUCUUUCCAACCUGGUAUUCCCAAACUACAAUUGUCAAGGCCUGGAAUACGAUGGCGAUCUCAAAGACAGGCUUCAUCGAAAACAAAACGAAUUUAUGGAUCAACUUCGAGACGCACUUUGCGGAGUCUCGUACCAUAUGAUCCUUCCUCUAUUCAUAGCACAAAUUUUCCCAUGAAUAUGAGCAACGACACAUCUUCGAACCUGAGCGACGAUGUCGGUGAUGGUAUUGGUGCUGAAGUGGGCGACGACAACUUCGUUGUCGAAAACAAAGCGAAUAAUAUCCAGAUAAACGGAAACGGAAAUGUAAAUUACAUUGAAAAACAAAGUAUCAGCUACCAAUUUGCGAUUGCGAAGCAUUACUACGAAGAAAUGGAAGACCGAAGUGGAAAAGACUACCGGUGGAUCAAGCCAUUGGCGAAACCUGUUUCUCAUGUGAUGAUGUGAGUUUUGAGCCGUGUCGAUUCGUUUGUGCUAAUAUAUCUUGUCACGGCGGAAAAUCUUACAAACUUUCUGGUAUCUUCCUUAUAUUUGAUUGCAGCAAGGACAUUGAGAGACGAAAGGAAUGCUACKUAUCGGACUGGACAGACGGCUUUAAGAACUUGAAGAAAGUUGUUCCUGCGGUAUUGUUUUUGUACUUCGCUUGCGUUUCACCGGCAAUAAGGUGUGUUCCAAUCUUCCCAACUAGGACGACGCGUCAUGGAACAUAUUCAGGAAAACUAACACACUCUUAACUCUUAUUUUUCUGCCUGGUUUGUUCGAUAGUUUUGGAACAAUUGCAUCGGAAAUUACAAACGGAUCCAUUGGCGUUGUUGAGUUUUUAUUGAGCGCAGGAGCCAGCGGCAUGGUCUAUUCUGUAAUAUGUGGUCAGCCCAUGGCCUUCAUUGCUCCAACGGGAUUGACGUUAGCGUUCAUAUCUGGGUUGUUUCGAUUCUGUACGUUGAAAGGACUUCCGUUCUUCCCUGUUUACUCAUGGGUAGGUCUUUGGACCAGUUUUUUCUUCACCCUUCUUGGUUUGGGUGGAUCGAGCCAGUUGAUUCGUUAUUGUACUCGUUUCACGGACGAAAUUUUUAAUGCACUAUUGAGUACCACGUUCAUGUACGAAGCCGUCAAAUCGCUCACAAGGAACUUUCAAAAAGCCGACCCCAAUAACUUGACAACACCAUUUGUAGCCCUUGCCAUGGCGCUAACUACCUUUCGGACAACAGACAAAGUUUCAGCAUUUGAAUCAAGCAAAUUCCUAAACCAAAAAAUUCGUCGAUACGUCAAAAACUUCGGGCCUGUCAUCAUCUUUAUUGCGAUGUCCGCUAUCAAUUCCCUUCCUGGUGUUGCCAAAUUUAAUGUGCCGACUCUGUCAGUACCCGAUCACUUUCAGCUUGCCGGUGCACGGAAGUUUUUAGUCCCUAUCAAUUCCAUACCCAACGGGGUGAAGCUUCUCUGCAGUCUUCCUGCAAUGCUGCUGAGCGCUCUGUUUUUCAUGGAUCAAAAUAUCAGCGUACGUGUUGUCAACAACCCAGACAACAAGCUAAAAAAGGGACCUGCGUACAACUUAGAUAUGGUCGCCUUGGGUCUAAUAACAGGGGUGCUGUCUGUCCUCGGUCUACCUUGGAUGUGUGGUGCCACAGUACAAUCCAUGAAUCACGUCAAAGCUUUGACUGACAGUGUAUACAAUCCAGAAACGGAAGAAAUAGAAAUUGUUGAUGUGACUGAAACCCGACUGACCGGGUUUCUUGUUCACGCAAUGAUUGCAGGUUCUCUAUUACUACUUCCUGUGGUUCGACUGAUACCUAUUCCGGUCGUCUCCGGUGUGUUCUUAUUCUUGGGACGAAAACUGAUGAAAGGCAACUCUUUUUUGCAACGGAUUCGUGACACAUUUGUGCAAAAGAAUCGUCUCCUCGAAGACAAUCCGAUUCGAAUGCUCGGCAGAAAACGUACAGCACUGUUUACAGGGAUACAACUUUUGUGUUUGAUGGGACUAUGGGGCUUUAAGGAAAAUCCAUCUACUGCAAUAUUCUUUCCUAGUGCCAUAGGAAUGUUGAUGGUUGUUCGGAACUUUGUCUUGCCAAAAAUCUUUGAUGAAGAAGAAUUGGUAGAACUUGGUGAUCCAACACCUCAGUUGCAUCUAGAUGAUGGUGUCAUAUGAAACGAAUAAGUUGCUUUAUGAUAG